CAAAUAUUAGCCAUGACGGAGUGAAGCAACCACACUCGGCAAACUCCGCUACGCAUUGAUGGCGGUAUCACAUGACCAGACAGGGCUACAAUCAACCACCACCUCCGACACCCUCCACCCAAACAAGAACCAAGACGAUGGACCACGGAGACCCCGGCGGAGGGAUGACCCAGCCACGUUGUUCCAUGAACAUGCUCUGGAACACACAAAUCGAACACACCUGUGUCGUCUUCCGGAGCUGGCACAUAAAGACCACCACUCAAUUCGUCCUUUCGUGUCUCGCUAUCGUCGCUCUAGGAAUCUUCUACGAAUACCUCCGGGCACUACAGAAGACGGUCGAUGCUCGGAUUGCUACGUCGUUGAGUAAGGGAAAGCGGUCUCGAAGGAGUAGGAGCUCGAGUAGGGCGAGCGAUGCUGCGGAGGACUCUUUGUUGUUGUCGGGCAGAGUCUUGGCCAAGCCAUCGACUGGUGUCCCUGUCCCACCGAUUCACCGUGCACUCAGGGCAACAUUAUAUGGUGUAACAGUCUUCCUUUCCUUCUUCCUGAUGCUCAUCUUCAUGACAUACAAUGGGUACCUUAUCUUUGCCGUCGUCAUAGGAGCAGUUAUUGGCCACUAUGUUUUCGGAGGGGAAUUGAACCUUGGAUCAUUAGGCGAAGAUAAAGGAAUGGCAUGUCACUGAACUGCUCUAGUCAAACGUCACAAAUUAUGAUAUGAUCUUGUAUAUCCUUUGUAUAGCAUCGAAACAGAAUCACAGCGAGCAUGACAACCUUAAGCGCGUCGCCAGAGGUGCGAUAGAUCUGUCGUUGUGUCUUUGACCGUGGCCAACGAGCUGUCUACUGCUGACGCUCUGUCGUUCAGAUGGUCAUUGCAACAAAACAGAUGUCCGCGGCGUGCCCCGCGGAAUCAAAUCUCAGAAAGGGAUAGUGAAAGUUUAC